GGCUUAACGCUGGCCUCUUAGGGAUUAGGCAAAAGUACCUUUAAAGCCGGUUAGGUCUCAAUCAUAGACGAUGGCGCACACGGCGCGCCAGUACCUACACCUGGCGUUGCCGCUGCUUCUAGUAUGUGCAAGCUGGACAUUCCUUAGCGUGAUCGCCCAAGAAACCGCGGCUCAAGAAACAGCAACGGGAGAAACGUAUGAUGUGUACAAGGAGGUGGAGAAGCUGAAUAGGUGGAAGGCCUACCUUCAAGGGGAGGCCGACAAGUGGAAAGCUGAAGCAGAGAAAGCGCAAGCUGCAUGGACGGCCGAGCAGCAACGCGCCGCAGAGCUUGGAGCCCAGCUGGAGCAGACCAAGAAAGCGUUGAUGGACGCUGAGGCGAGGGCUGCGGUUAUGGAAUCCAGGUUCGCAGAGGCGGACAAGAGGGCCAUAGCUGCGGAGACGCGGGCAAACAUCGCGGAGCACAACGUAGCUGCUGCUGAGACCAGGGCUACUGCAGCGGAGGCCAAAGCAUCAGCAGCAGAGUUCGCAAGUGCUCCCAAGUUUGAGCAGCUCAAGAAGGAAGCGGAGGCGGCUCAGGCCCGGGCAGUCGCGGCAGAGGCCAAUUUGGCAUCAAUGAGGGCAGAGCUCGAGCAGCUCCGGAGGGAUGCGGCAGAGGCGAAGGCAAAGGCCACAGCUCAUGCCUCUGCAGCGGACGCCUCCAGUGGCGAGGCGGAGUUGUUGCGCCGGCAGCUGGCGUCGGCUGUUUCCGAGCGGGAGGCCCUGGAAUCCAGGGUCGCCGAGCUGGCGGUGGCUACCAAAAAGUCUGGCGGCCUCCGCGGCCACGCGCUGGCCAUCUACGACAUCCUGGUAGACGAGGCGGCACGCCACAGCAACACCGCGCUCACCUACGCCAACGAGAAGCUGCCCGGGCUCAAGGCCAAGGUGGCAGAGGUUCACGCCACCGUUUCAUCGCAGCUGCCCGACGUGUCGGGGCACGUGGGGCAGUUUGUCGGCCGCGUUGAUGGGGAGCUCCGGCCGUGGCUGCGACAGACCCUUGGGUCGGUCCCCGCCUUGAAGCGCUACAGCGAGGACCCAGUGGUGCUACAGGGCACCGUGUACGGCAUCCUUGCCGCUCCGCUGCUGGUGCUGGUGUUGGUGCCGCUGCUGACCUGCUGCUGCCGCAUGGCCCGGCGGCCCCAGUCCUCCGCUGUCCGCGGCGUGGACGGCAAGCCGGGUCGGCGCGGCAAGAAGAAGCAAGGCUGAUGGUGCGGCCCACGGGACGCUUGCACACAUGAAUGGACCGACUCGGCAUCAUCGUCAAUAGGAAUAACAGCACAGGCGCACACCGAUACUAAACUCAUGGGUUAUCAUUCUUUGCCGCCACUGUACGGCAGCAAUAUGGAAUACGGCUUUGGCAGCAUGCCCCAGGAACGCAAGACGUUUUCUGGUGGCAUGGACGCCGUGGCCUUUGUGUCUUCACGCCGUCCUUCACAUUUGUCGUGGAGACGAAGCACCAGUAACGCGCUCGUGGACUCCGUAAAGCCUCUCAAGUACGCGUACAGCUAUAACGGCCACUUUAGCAACGCGGAUGAGCAGCUGGAGUCGUUGGAUUCACCCGUAUGAAGCGCGGAAAGGGUGCAUGCAUGGCGAGACGGGUCAAAGAGGUACACUUGUCGACAUGCAAAAGGGCGUCCAUGACGUCUGGUCUGGCCACCCGACCCAAUGGGUGGCAGUGUUUAGGCGAGAGCGUGGGGCGGACCUUUGUCGCAAUGUGUACCUCUUUGUACCUAGCACAGUACGCCUGAUUUGCUGUUUGGCUAGGGGCAAAGAUUGGGGCGUUGGUUCUGUGCAGGACUUGCAAGGCAACGGAGCGACAUCAAGUAGUUGGCCUCGUGUGUCAUUCCUGUACGUUACCAGGGUUGUAUGGAAUGAAGAUCGGUUGCGAAGGGCUGUUGUUGGGUAGGAAGGGGCGUGGUCGGGCUGGGUAUGUGCUGUAUGUGCGGCUGUGGUGUGCGAUGAUACUAGCUGAACUCGGUCAAAAGUGUGUGUGUGUGGGCACUCGUGGGCAAAGCAGUCCCCUACACGCCGGGGCAUGGAUUCCCGGUGUUUGGGUUGGGGCCGCGACGCGCAGUCAUGGAAGGUGCUUGCAGGCUUGUGAGGGCUGAAGGGGCCCCCUGUUGCGCACGACAGGGACCUCAUUUGAUGCUUCGGAAGGCGGCAGGAGGAGGGCGUGUACGGUCUGGGGCGUCAUCGUGCGGAUGACUGCAGGCGGUUUGCGUUGCAGGAGUGCAUAGCCGCCCUUUCCACUGCGGAAAAGUGUCUGGCGCAUGUGAACAUAAGUGCAACAUUGGCUGCAAUAAAGGUGUGCCGGUAGGCUCCGGUACGACUGUGUCGUUCUGUUCGUCUCGUUUGGAGGCUGUUGCGGUAACGUACGCCGGCUGGCGUGCUUUGAAACGUCAGAUAAGGGUACCGCAUGAGGUUGUGGGCUUGUGGAUAGUGAGCUUGCCUUUAGUAACGGGUUUUCCGUUUUUAGUCCAUGAGCGCUUCAAAAGCAAUGCGUUGAUGUGUGUGCAUAACCCUCCGGGAGUAAACUCCCUAGGCACCGGUAUGUCGUUGCGCAGUGUGUGACGUAUGUCGUGCAGGGGUGCGGACGCACGGCUCAAUGUGCACGCGUGGUUGGAGAUGCGUGGCGGUGUCGCUGUAUCAUGCUUGUAAGCCGUGGAGCCCUCCCUGGAAGCUUGAGGAGGGAGGGGUGGAGGGCAAGUUUGAGCACUUACAUGAAUGGUCACUGUUGGCUGUAGUGUCUCCCGUUUAUCGCUUGGAUUGAAGCGGCCAAGUCUUCCAAAAGUCGUGCAACAGCUAGCGUGUAAGGGCGCAACGCACAGUUUUACGGCUAGUGAGUGGUGUGGCUGACUCAUGCGCGAUGACGUUAUCAACCUGUUCGGUCCUCGUCCUUGGGAACCUGGGAUGUACGACAGCUUUUAGCCGUCUUGUACGACAUGUCUAUGAUGCAAUGCCCUUUUGUCGUUGUGCUUCAUACCCCUGCUUGUCUACUUGUUCCUUUGCUACCCAGCGGCGGCCGUAAUGAUGAUGUAAGGCAGGUUGUAUCA